UUACGUAACUUCCGGCGGGGCUCACUUCCGAGACAGACGCGGAAGUGCUGGCAAGCGCCGGAGCCCAGUUUGGUUGCAGGAAUUCUGGUCCUACAGUCCGCUCUGGGGACUUCCUGGAGAGCUAGUUUGCGAGAGACCAGGUUCCGCCAACCCACAGCAGACAAAGCCGCCGCCUCCGCCCCUCGCGGCCUCGGAGCCAAUGCGGGCCGCGUCCUGGGGCCCCCGCCUUGGGGCCGGACUAUGAGCCUGCUGGGCGGUGUCACCUCCUCGCCGCGAGCGCGAGCCCUGCUACAGCCCAGCAAGGCCAGGAUGAAAAAGCUCCCGAAGAAGAGCCAGAACGAGAAGUACCGGCUAAAGUACCUGCGGCUGCGCAAAGCGGCAAAGGCCACGGUGUUUGUGAGUCUGCUGGUCGCUCAGCCAGUCUCCGCCGCGAGACUGCUUUCUAGCGAGGAAAACGCUGCUAUUUGUGAUGAAAUUGCUCGUCUUGAGGAGAAAUUCCUUAAAGCAAAAGAAGAAAGAAGGUACUUGCUAAAGAAGCUUCUCCAACUUCAGGCUCUAACUGAGGGGGACGUACAGGCUGCAGCUCCUUCCCACAGCUCCACUUUGCCCCUGACUUACGGUGUGGCCAGCUCUGUGGGAAGUAUACAGGGAGCUGGGCCCAGCACUGGGGCUGAGGAGCCAUUUGGGAAGAAAUCCAAGAAGGACAAAAAGGAAAAAGGCAAAGAGAACAACAAACUGGAAGUUCUGAAGAAAACAUCCAAGAAAAAGAAAAUGGAGGGAGGUGCUCGCAAGCUGGUCCAGCCCAUUGCUCUGGAUCCCUCUGGACGGCCUGUGUUUCCCAUCGGACUAGGGGGUCUAACAGUGUAUAGCCUGGGGGAGAUCAUCACCGACCGACCUGGCUUCCAUGAUGAGAGUGCCAUCUACCCCGUGGGCUACAGCAGUACUCGAGUGUACGCCAGCAUGAAGUACCCAGACCAGAUGUGUCUGUAUACCUGUCAGAUCAAGGAUGGUGGUGUGAAGCCUCAGUUUGAAAUUGUUCCUGAAGAUGACCCCCAGAAUGCUAUCGUUAGCUCUUCUGCAGAUGGUUGUCAUGAAGAACUGCUCAGGACCAUCAGUGCUACUGUGGGGAAACUAAUGCCUGACCUGCUUCCAUCAGGAGCUGACUUUUUUGGUUUUUCUCAUCCAACCAUCCUCAAUCUGAUACAGAGUUGUCCAGGAGCUCGAAAGUGUGUCAAACUUCCUGUGUUAUGGCGGCGCAGUGGGCACCAUGAGUGCAUUGCUGAGAGCCCCCCUCUGAGUGGACCGCCUUUUUCUGUAAUUUCUACUGGCUGCGAGCUGCAUUCAAAGAGUCCUUGGAGACCUUCAAGCCACGCAAUGGAGGCAGUGACCGUGGAGGAUGUAACUGUGAACUUCACCAAGGAGGAGUGGGCUAUGCUGAAUCCAUCUCAAAAGAAACUCUAUAGAGAUGUGAUGUUAGAAACAUUUAGGAAUAUAAAUGCUAUAGGAAGAACUUGGGAUAACCAGCAAAUGGAAGACAAAUACAAAAAUUACUCAAGAAAUUUGAGAAAUGAAGAGGUAGCAAAAUUCUAUCAAUAUACAACUUGCAAUCAACAGGAAAACAUACUCCUUCAAACUCCACAUGCUAAUGUGGACAUGCAAGAAGCUGAUGUAAAGCCAGCUAGAAGUCUUGUUUGUAGAGAGCCCCUGACAGGGCACUUAUUAAAUAUGUCCAUCUUAUCUCACCCCGGAGAGAAGCCACAUGAGCAUUUGGGAUUUGAUGACAAGCUGAGCAAAUGUAAUGGACAUGGCAAAACCAGCAGUGAUUUCCAAUCCUUUCAGAAGCACGCAAGGACAAAGAAUGGAGAGAAACCCUAUCAGUAUGAGCAGUGUGGAAAAUCCUCCUCUGAACUUAGUGAAAGAACUCACCCUGGAGAGAAGACCACUGUUGGUCAGAAAAGUGUGAAAGACUCCUGCACCCCCAGUGGUUUUCAAAUCCAUGGAAGAAUUUACACUGGGAAGAAACUAUAUGUAUGCAGGCAAUAUGGAAAAACCCUCAACACUCAAACUUGUAAAAUUCUUGAAAGCAUUCACAUGGAAGAAAAACCCUACGCAUGUAAGCAGUGCGGAAGAGUAUUUCAUACACACAGUUGUUGCCAAAGACAUGAAACUAGUCACACUGGGGUGAGACCCUGUAUAGGUAAGCAACAUGGGAAAUCGUUCAGCGGACGCACUCAAUGUCAAAGCCAUGAAAGUACGCAUAAUGGGGAGAAAACUUACGUAUGUAAACAAUGUGGGAAAGCUUUCACCAGACAAAGUUAUUGUCAAAUACAUGAAAGAACUCACAGUGGGGAAAAACCCUAUGUGUGCAAGCAAUGUGGAAAAGCAUUCACUACAAAGAAAUAUUCUAAAAUACAUGAAAAAAUUCACACAGGGGAGAAACCUUACGUAUGCAAGCACUGUGGGAGAGCAUUCACUGCACACCAGUCUUGUCAAAGACAUAAAAGAACUCACACCGGGGAGAAACCUUAUGUGUGCAAGCAAUGUGGGAAGGCAUUCACUAUAAGGAGUAAUUAUACAAGACAUGAAAGGUCUCACACUGGAGAGAAACCUUAUGUUUGCAAGCAAUGUGGAAAAGCAUUCACUACAAAGACUUACGCUAACAUACAUGGAAGAAUUCACACAGGGGAGAAACCUUAUGUGUGCAAGCAAUGUGGGAAGGCAUUCACUACACACCGAUCUUGUCAAAUACAUGAAAGAACACAUACUAGAGAGAAACCUUAUGUGUGCAAGCAAUGUGGGAAGGCAUUCGCUUCACACAAUGGUUGUCAAAUACAUGAAAGAAUUCACACUGGAGAGAAACCUUAUGUGUGCAAGCAAUGUGGAAAAGCAUUCACUAUGAGAUGUAGUUAUAAAAGACAUGAAAGAACUCACACUGGGGAGAACCCUUAUUGUGCAAGCAAUGUGUAAAAGUGUUCAGCAUAAGGUGUAGUUGUAAAAUACGUGAGAAAAGUUACACUGGAGAAGUCAUAUAUACAUAAGCAGUGCAGGAAGGCAUUUGCUACACGCCAACAUUGUCAAAUUCAUGAAAGACUUCACAUUGGCGAGAAACCUUAUGUGCACAGGCAAUGUGGGAAGGCAUUCACUACACACUGAUACUGUCAAGAACAUGAAAGAAUACACAGUGGGAAGAAUUGUUAUGUGUUCAAGCAAUGUGGAAAAGUAUUCACAAUAAGUAAUUAAAAAGCCUUGAAAGAACUCACACUGGGGAGAAACAUAUCUGCAAAUAUGGGAAGGUAUUCACUACACACCAAUCUUGACAAAUACACGAAACAAACCAGAAACCAUAUGCAGAUGAGGCAUGUGGAAAAAGAUUUGCUAGUAUGUCCUCAUUUUAUUUACAUAGAUCUCACAAUGGGGAGGAAACCUAUGUAUAUUAACAAUGUGGGGGAACCAUUGAUUGAAGACAUUUAUCAACUACAUGAAAGAUGUCACAUUGGAGAGUGACCCUAUAUAUGUAAGCUUUUUUGAAAAACUUGUGAAAAUUCCUCAUACAAUGGAGAUAUGUACACAAAUGAAAUAUUUGAUGUCAAUAUUUCUUAAUGUGUUUUCCAGAAAAUACACUGCCAACAGAGAUCUCCUAGAAUGUGUUCUGUGUUUUUCAGUAAAUCUCUUGCAAAUAACUGAAUUAUGUAUCUGUAGUCUUUACUAGAAACAAUAUUGACAUAUGUAAGCCAUUGUCUUUGAACCUAAUCUAUAGUAUCUUCUAAUAAAACAAGGUAAAUUAAAGUGUA